AUGCGCUCCGUAGGCUCUCAGGCUCUCGAUGAGAUGGAGGGAGGUGGUGUCGUUGUUGUGGAAAAACCUCUGGAGUCCGAGGCCUGGGCGCAGCUCUGGACUCUGCGUAUAACAGGAGCCGGCGAGCAGGUGCUGCCCCCUGAUGCCGCCAACAAGUCCUACACCCGCCUGCCUGGCUGUGUCUGCUCCAACCCCCAAAUUCAGGGGCUGCCAGACCUCAGUCCUGCCCCAGAAGAUGUCACAGUGUUCCUGCAGCCAGGCGUCAGGCAUCCAGAGCAGGAGCUGCACCCGAAAGUGGGCAGUGGGGCUCUGCUGGGGCGCAGGCAGCCUGAUGCCCGAUGUCCCCAGGUCUGGGAGAAGAACCGGAAGCUCAAGAGCUUCAACCUGUCGGCGCUGGAGAAACACGGGCCAGUGUACGAGGACGACUGCUUUGGCUGCCUGUCCUGGUCGCACUCGGAGACACACCUGUUGUAUGUGGCAGAGAAGAAGCGCCCCAAGACCGAGUCCUUCUUUCAGACCAAAGCCCUGGACGUCAGUGAUGACGACGUGGCCGAGCCCAAGAAGCCAGACCAGGCCAUCAAGGGGGACCAGUUUGUGUUCUAUGAAGACUGGGGAGAAAGCAUGGCUUCCAAAAGCACCCCGGUGCUCUGCGUGCUCGACGUGGAGAGCGGCAACAUCUCUGUGCUCGAGGGCGUCCCUGAGAGCGUGUCCCCCGGACAGGCCUUCUGGGCCCCAGGAGACACGGGCGUGGUGUUCGUGGGAUGGCAGCACGAGCCCUUCCGGCUGGGCGUCCGCUUCUGCACCAACCGCAGGUCAGCCCUGUACUACGUGGACCUCACAGGGGGGAAGUGUGAGCUCUUGUCAGAUGGCUCCCUGGCUGUCUCCUCUCCCCGGCUGAGUCCAGACCAGUGCCGCAUCGUCUACCUGCAGUACCCGUCGCUGGUCCCCCACCAUCAGUGUAGCCAACUGUGCCUGUACGACUGGUACACCAGGGUCACCGCGGUGGUGGUGGACGUGGUGCCGCGGCAGCUGGGAGAGAGCUUCUCUGGCAUCUACUGCAGCCACCUGCCGCUGGGGUGCUGGUCCGCGGACAGCCAGCGAGUGGUUUUUGACUCUGCUCAGCGCAGCCAGCAGGACCUAUUUGCU